AUGGCCUUCCAGAUACAGUAUGCCGAGGAACACGACGCGCCAGCCCUGGCCCGAAUCAACAUCCUCAGCUUCGAAACGCAGGGUCUACUACAAGCCCUUUUCCCUGGAGCCGAAACUCCGGCCCUGGAAUUACACAAAGCCAACAAUUACAUGAAGCAUCUCGCCAACCGGCAGAUGCACGUGGUCAAGGUCACGGAUCCACUCACGGGGGAGUUGGUGGGAAAUGCGCGGUGGCAGCUCCCCGAAGCGAUCUGGCCGCGAGAUCAAACUCCGGCUCUCAGUGAGAAGGCGCAGGAAAUUGCACAGGACCCGAUGCGUCUGGCACCGCGUCCGAGGAACGAGGCGCUCUUGGCGGGCUUUCGGACCAUGCUUGAACAUCACCGCAAGAAGUACCUAGGAGAGACAGAUCUGUUGUUGGACUUUCUCGCCACGACACCCUCCUAUCAAGGUCGGGGAGUCGGCUCGGCCCUCUUACGCUGGGGCACUGCCAAAGCGGACGAGAAGCAGUUGCGCAUCUACCUGGAGGCCACCGAGGCUGGUUAUCCAGUCUAUGUCAAGCACGGGUGGAAAGUCGUCGAGGAGGUGUUUUUUGACCGGGAACAGUUUGGUGGUCAUGGUCGCGAUCGAUUCAUUCUGAUGAUGAGAGAUCCAAAGCCUCUUGCACAGUCAGCCACCGAGCCAGGUCGAACCUGA